AUGGGGCGGGAUGUGCACAGCUGGGACAUGGGGAAGAGCUGCAGUGGAGAGUGGGGUAUGGUGGAGAGCAAUAAGGGCCAGACUACGCUGGCGGGCCUGGAGGCCUUGGGAGGGCGGACUUUCUCCAAGAGUGGGGGUGCCAGGACAGGGUCCCAAGCAGGGGCCCAACAUGGCCUGGUUUACUCUUCACUGGCAAGCUCCAUGGCCCUGGGUAAUGUGCUUCUCCUGUUUUUCUUCUCAUCGGUUCCGGGCCUCCGGGUAUUGGAACUUCUGUCUGUAAAGGAUGAAGCCGACCUUGCUCACACUGCAGCGGGAUGGAGAAACGUGACCCAGCGGAGGGGCUUUCGGCUGCGGAGUGCGAGAGAUGACCCGAAGGGUGAAGGCAGGGCGAGCGCGCCGCAGUCUAGGGAGCCGGAAGCACUGGCCCGGCGCAGGGCCAGCGACCGCCCCGGGUCUGCGCAGGCGCAGGUCGGGGAAGCCGCGCGCGGUCGGAUUUCUGCGGCCCGCGGCUGCCCUCUCGUGGCCGCGAGGCGCCAUGGCACGGCUGCUUCCACGCAGCGGAGGGGCGCUGGCCGGAGGCUGCGGGUCCAGACCGGCCAGCCGGGGAGGCCAGCCAAGCGCUGUGUUUUUCCAGGUCCGCGCGGGCCAGGGGAGCCCUGCGUGUUUGCUUGGUGGGAGUGGUUUACUGGGAAAGUAGACGGAAGGUACCCUGCAAAUCGGCAUGCACUGUAUUGUUUGGGAGUCAACAGCCUGGAAAGCAAAUAUCAGCCGCUUUGGAAUGUGUUUCCUCUUGUCCGGGGUUUGAAGAUUAGUCAUAAAAAACAUCACUCUGCCCUUGCUGAAGUGCUUGCUGGCUACUCGAUCAUUCCACUUCUAUGUCCCAAGAAGGCCCCUGAGAUUUUUCCGUGUGACCCGGUCACAUUGCAUCUGUAUAGAUUAUCAAAGCACCUCAUGACUGUGGAGGAGGAAGUUGGGGACAGAACAUGGAUCUGGAAGGCUCACAGCAUGGACUUGGGAAUGGGUUUGAGGCUUGAGAAGAGAUGUUCACUCACACAUUGGGUCAUUAAAUAAACAUUAGAGGAUGCCCCACUAUGUGCCGGAUGCUGUGCAGGG